AUGAACCUUAAUAAUAAUAAUAGUAGUAGUAAUAAUAGUGAAGAUCCACUAAUCUUAGGAUUACCACACUUUAUCUUAUUAAAGAUCAUUAAUAAUGUAGACAACAAUACAGAUUUGAUAUGUCUAUUGAUGACUAGUAAACUGUUCUUUGUGACUCUUAGAACAAAGUACUGUAAAGCUUUAAGAUUCAAACUAGACAGAUUCACCAGGGAGUUGAAUCCAAUUUGUUUGAAAUCUUUCAAAGAUAUCUACAGUCAUUGCAAGACAUUCAUAUUAAUUCGUGACAAGGAAGGUUCAAGUAGCAAUGCAAGAAAUGAAGAGGAAGAGAUCAAUGUCCACGAAGUCAAUAUUAGUGCAGAUUACUUUACCAAAAGACCACUCAUCAAAAGAAUAUUACCUCCAUCUACCAAAACAUUGGCAUUGACUGGUACUAUCGCCAACAAACUUCAAAAAGUCAUACCCCCCAACUUGGAGAGACUAGUCCUUUUAAAUAGUGACAAUGAUCCCAAUUGUACAUUCCCACCAUCUCUCACAAGUGUCAAUUGGUACAACUAUAACCUAAUAAUACCUUCCACAAAGUUUCCAUCAACCAUUACAAGAUUGGUGGUAGCUUUUAAAUCACUCCCUCCCAACAUGGUCUACCCAUUGUCACUUGAAGAAUUGGAAAUUGAUAUCCAAGAGUUAAAUGGUCUCCAAAUUAAUCUCCAAAACUUAACUGCUCUAAAUAGCUUUAAAUUGAAGAUGUCAUCUAAUACCAAUCCUUAUCCAAGUGCAUCAAGUAUUAGGUUCCCUGUUGGUAGUUCAUCUCUCAAGAAAUUAGAAAUCAAACGUGGUAUCUCUGAUUUAAAAGAAGGAUGGUUACCUAAAAGUAUUACAGACCUUGACCUUGGUUCAACUUAUUAUCUUGGUACUGUCUCACUUCCACCUAAUCUUGUCAAGUUUGUCGUUUCAUCCGAGAGUCCUAUAUUCCGUGGUAUGAUUCCAUCAACUGUCAAAGAUCUGGUACUUUUCUUUAUGGCUGAAUUCCCAACUAUCGAUGAAGGUGCUCUUCCCGAUGGUCUUGAAGAAUUGACACUAAUUCACUACAAGGGACCAAUCAAUCCAAAGAUUGUAACCAAUUCUGUAACCAAUCUAAGUAUUAUGGGAUGUAGUGUCAGCAAUGAAAAAGAUAUGAUCUUUCCACCCGGUCUCAUCAAAUUCUCACAAAGCAUUCCUCGUGAAUCUUUACCUGCUUGUUUCCCAUCCACUACCAAAGACAUUACCUAUUUCUUGGAUUGUAACUCUAAAACAUUAUAUCUUCCAACAUCUUUGGAAUUAUUUGCAUGUCAACUAGUCAAAGUCUGUCAAACUGAUCCAAUUUAUUCCAUUCCAACCAAUAUCAAAAUCGUUGAUAAUUGUAACUACAACAACAAUAAUGGGACGAUCCAUAAUAACAUUUUACCUCCAAAUGUAAAACAUGUUUAUUGUAGAUUGCCAAUGACAUCCCAAGAUUUUGAAAGAGAUGGGUUCAGUUUUAGAUUGGAUCAAAUUAUCAAUUCUACUAGUAUAGAAUCUAUAACCUUCUGUAGAUUCCCAGGAGGAAAUUAUUCUUCUACAAUAUCAAUUAGAAGAUUGGAUACUCUUAAUCAAGUGGUACUAUUGAUACAGGAAGGUACUUUGUUUGGAGGAAUCAUCAAACAAAAACAAUUACCAAAUCAUUUUAAUGUUGGUACUGUUGACAAUGACAUUCUCUUUGUCAACUUUAUGCAAAGUGAUGAUGAAGAAAACAUUAUCCUUUCAUUUAGUGAUAAAUCAUUGGUUGCUCAAGAGGAAGAAGAAGAAGAGGAUGAACAUAUCCAUGACCAUGAAGAAGAUUAUUCCUAUGACGUAGAUGAUGAGUCAUUUGGAGAAAAUUCCUAUGAAGAAGAUGGAUCAUUUGAAGAUGAAUUUUUAUUGGAUUAA